AGUUUAAAACACACCGACUAUCCUACUAUGAUAAACAACUUAGCGAGAAUAUUAAGAUAUUCAUCAAUUAAAAUAGACAGCAGAGAUCAUGAACCCAUUUCUUGGAUGACUGAAGUCCUGAACGUCAUAGGGGCAGCAUGCUACUUCUACGUGUACAUAUUUUCUGCUGUCUGGUUUGUGUUUGUAAGGUUUCCUCAAACAGGAGAUUACAUUGCUGCUUCAGUUGAGUUCUCGCUCGCAGUUUGCAGCGGGACGUCCAUCUUAAAAUUUAUUUAUUUGAAAUUAGACAGCAAGGCAGUCACGAAUUUAAUUGAUGAAUAUCUAAAAUGCGAUGCCCGCGUUGACCCCAGUUCUCGUUUUGCUGAAAAUCUCAAAAAGAAACUAAGAAUUGUCAAGAAAAGAGCCAUACUGACAUGGAGCGCUCUAGCGCUUAACGGAGUCGUUUACAUCACGACUCCUUUUUUAAAGCCAGGGCGUCAUCUGACUGAAGACUUAUACGUUACUUAUGGAUUGGAACCAAUGUUUGAAUCACCUAAUUUCGAAAUAGCAACAAUUCUAAUGACGCUCGCUGUUAUAUUUGGUGUUUUGACGCUUGCAAACUACAGACUUCUGAUUUGUGUGACUAUUGGCUACAUUGAAGCCCAAAUGCUAGCUUUGAGUGAGGAUUUAAUUAAACUAUGGGACGACAGUGAAAAAUUCUACGAAGAAUUCAGUGAGAAAGAGAUAGAUAUUAUCAAAACUGUUUCACCAUAUGACAUAAAAAAUGUAUACAUUAAACAUCGUCUGAGAGAGAUUAUCAAAUUCCAUAUAGUUGGCAUAACUCUUCAACACAUUGUCGAGGCUAAAUUUCGUUUUAUAUAUGUGAUAGAAUUUCUCUUCGUAAUGAUCGGUAUCGUAACUGAACUGCUCGGUGGCUUGGAGAACACUUACUUUGAACUGCCGUACAGCUUGAACCAAGUAUUUAUGGAUUGUUUGAUAGGGCAGAGACUGAUAGAUGCAGGUAUUGUAUUCGAAAAUGCAGUAUAUAGCUGUCAAUGGGAAAAUUACAAUGCUUCUAAUCAGAGGUCUGUUCUUUUGAUCCUCCAAAAUUCGCAGAAGACUUUGAUGCUAUCAGCCGGAGGUCUGUCGGCGCUGAGUUUCGUAUGUUUGAUGUCCGUUAUCAGAUGCACUUAUUCAGCGUACACCGCACUACAUUCUACUGUGAACUAA